UACUGUUGGAGAUGGACAGGUUUCAACUAUGGUCUGGAUCUCCUGGUGACAUACACAAAUGGACUUCUGUUCCUAAGAAGAAACACGACCAACCGACCAUGUGCCACUUCAGUCAGCCUGCAGGCUCAGAGACAGGUUUACGCCAGGGUGUCGGUGGUGUCCUAUGACAGCAGCGGAGAACUGAAGUAUGAGAAACAUACGAAGAUGACCAAACUGUCUCUUGGCAAAGAUGAGGAAACCUUAUUGAUGACUGUGGACCGCCAAGCCACCUUCCCCCUCCAUGUCAGUGUGAACUUCCUAUACGUUCCCCCUCCCCCUUCACAAAGUGGUACAUCCCAGACCAAAGAACCGCCCAGCCCGGCAGCCAAUCAGGACAGACAUGUAGAAGGCAGCUUGUAGUACCAGAGUUUCCAUUGGAUAGGGAUAUUCCAUUUUAAAAAUAUAAGGGGGUGAAAUUUUUGAUUUCAAUUUGUUACUGGACAGUGUCUAGAAAAUCGUUGCUUCUCUCUUUCAGUAUGUUUUGUUUCAUAAAACACAUAUGUGUACAAAGUAUCAGAUCCCCCUUUUUUUUUUUUAGUAGAACAACCCUAACAGUACAACAAGGGUGUCUUUUGGGCCAGUCCACCAUGAGUUUUAGGUGGGGAAAACCUUUAACAUUCACUAAAUUUCAAAAUUUUCUUUGACUCCACCAAGUCAGCAGGUACACCAUAUUGAUUCUUAUCAUUUCUUUGUAGAGAUGAUUUUUGAAACUCCAGAUGUUUUCGAUGAUAAGAAAAAGACCAAGCCAUUCCAAGUCUAUUUUGGGGUUCACAUCAACUUAGAGAAAACAACUGAGAACUUGAGUAAAACUGAAUCACCAAUGUGCUUACUUGUGUUCGGGUUAUUACUACUAUGACCCUCU